ACGCGCCCUGUAUGGAAGUAUAUAAAUGGUAAUCCGCAUACUCCAGGAAGAAUUGAAGCAAUCUCAAAAGAAAAGAAGGGAAUCUGGAUCCUUCGUCGGAUCGUCAAAGAGCUUAGAGGGGAGCUCUACGCUUCACUGGCCAUGCAAAGCAGGGAGAGUGACGGAGGCGGAGGCACUGCUGGCUGCUGGAACGGACAUUAACAAGCUGGACAGAACGCAGUUUAACCCUUUCAUGGACGCGAUCAACUCAGGACAGGUCGACUGUGCUAGAUGGCUGCUGAGGCAAGACGGUUUAAAGCUUCAGACCGAGAUAUGGUCGUUUUGUAGGGAGAGGGUGCUAGAGUCAUUGCUAACAGCUUAACAGAAGGUAGGGAGAGCGAUCCAUGGCUGUCCCGAUAGACCCACUCAGACUCCUGCCGGAAGAUACUCCUCCGGUUGAUCCAGAUGAGACAGUUCUAGCAGAUGAUCAGUUACAGACUGAAGAACAUAUCCCGCAGAUCAAUGCGUCAACAUCUGCAAAUGAAGCUGAUAUCAGAAUCGACAUGAUGAUGGUACUACACGAGAUGCUCAUGGAAAAGGUCUCCGUUUGCUUUCCUCCUCCCACGAGCAGUACAAAGUGUGGGUUCAACUUUAAUCUGAUAGAAGAUAUCGUAUGCGGAACCCAAGCCCGGCCAUGUCUGUACAUAAUAACGAAAGAAACCGGUUAUGCUGCGAGGGCGUUUACCUCGAUAGAUGUUGAAAAUGCCCACAGCAUUAUAAAUCAUUUGGACCGCCGAGGGGUCCAAAACUCCUCAAUCGAAGAGCUUAGUAGACAUGCCAGCAACCUACAGAGACUUCAAAUUCUCAGGAAACCUCUCUAGGACGGAAGCUUUAUACUCCGACAUCCACAAUUUACUACGCCCCUGAGAUCGACAAAGGUCUUUCUGAUAGAUUGACUUCCAGCCAAUUCGAUCUAUCGAAGCCGAGUGGGAAGAACAAAGAACUGAAACCCCAUGGUCGCAACGAUGCUCCUCGCGGACAAGGGAGAGUUAGGGCCAUCGGUGGUCACAAGACUGGAUAAUAUUUAUUUUUUAAGCGUUGAGGUUGUCACGAAAGCGUACUGUAACGGGACUAUCAGAUUUGAGUGAUUUGAUUUUGUGAUUUGCAGUUCACGUGAUUUUAUUGUGAUUUUAGACUGUAAAAACUAUAAAGGUUCAAGUUGAACUAUCGUCGCCAUGAUUAUGUAUUUUGGAACUGUUCACGUUGAAAUUGCUUCGUUAA